CGACGUAAUGUAAAUAGUUUAUUUAUGAGUGGGUAUUAUAAAUUGAAGAGUAUUAUUGGGCAUUUUAAUGAUCUCGCGAUUAUUUAUUAAGUAUUCCUUAUUAAAUGUUGUAGGGGUGAAAAUCAUAAAAUUUAACGCUACAGGAUACUUCCAUAAGAUGGCAGCGAAAGAGGUGCAAGCCCAGAUUCUUUCCGGGACGGAAAUUGCCAAGGAAAUUCGGCAACAGCUGGCCAGGGAUGUUUUGGGAAUGAAAACCCUUUUGUCUGAAUUCCGACCAGGUUUGGCAAUUGUUCAAGUGGGUGACAGAGAAGACUCGAACGUGUAUAUUAGGAUGAAGAUGAAAGCUGCUGAAGAAAUCGGUAUCAAAGCUGAACACGUACGACUACCAAGAACUACUACAGAAGCCGAGCUACUUUUGAAAUUGAACAAAUUAAAUUCCGACCCUUCCGUGCACGGAAUAAUCGUACAAAUGCCUUUGGACUCCGAUAGCAAAAUUGACUCACACCUCAUCACUGAUUCUGUCUCUCCCGAUAAGGAUGUCGAUGGAUUGAACACAAUCAACGAAGGUCGUGUAGCCGUUGGAGAUCUAUCAGCUUUUCUUCCUUGUACACCAAACGGUUGCAUUGAACUCAUCAAACGAUGUGGAUUACAAGUGGAUGGUGCAGAAGCCGUUGUCUUAGGCCGAAGUAAAAUUGUCGGUACACCCGCCAGCGAGUUAUUAAAGUGGAAUAACGCGACGGUGACUGUAUGCCAUUCACGAACCAAAGACCUAAAGGAGCAGUGUCAGAGAGCUGACGUACUUGUUGUUGGAAUUGGACGUCCGGAGUUUGUAAAAGGCGAUUGGAUUAAACCAGGGGCGAUAGUCAUCGAUUGUGGAAUAAACGCAAUUUCAGAUUCCACCAAGAAAUCAGGUCAAAGACUGGUAGGCGACGUUGCAUUUGAUGAAGCGCGUGAAGUAGCGUCAUACAUUACUCCAGUACCUGGUGGCGUAGGUCCUAUGACUGUUGCAAUGUUAAUGAAGAACACUGUAUUGAGCGCGCAGAAAUCUGCACAGAAAUUACUCGAUUCCAAAUGGAAUCUUAGACCUCUACGACUUCGUCUACAAAACCCAGUUCCAAGUGAUAUCGAAAUUGCACACUCCCAAGAACCAAAAGACAUAACGCAAUUGGCCAACGAAAUUGGUUUGUACCCUGCCGAAAUUUCUCAGUUCGGAAGCAAAAAGGCGAAAAUUUCCUUAUCGGUGAUAAACCGUUUGAAGCACCAAAGAAAUGGAAACUACGUGGUCGUUGCUGGAAUUACCCCCACCCCUCUAGGCGAAGGUAAGAGCACCACAACGCUUGGGUUGGUGCAAGCUCUCAGCAUUCACAAAAACAAAAACACUUUCGCCUGCCUCAGGCAGCCGUCUCAAGGCCCCACCUUCGGUAUUAAAGGUGGAGCGGCCGGUGGCGGAUACUCCCAGGUAAUUCCGAUGGAAGACUUUAACCUUCAUCUAACCGGUGACAUACACGCGGUGACCGCCGCACAUAAUUUGGUCGCCGCACAACUUGACGCUCGAAUGUUCCACGAAGCUACUCAAUCUGACAAGGCCCUUUACGACAGAUUAGUCCCCACGAUUAAAGGAAGGAGAAAGUUCUCCAACAUUCAGUUGAGACGUUUGAGCCGUUUGGGAAUUACCAGUACUGACCCGAACGCCUUAACCGACGAGGAAAAGGCUAGAUUUGCUCGUCUCAAUAUUGAUAGCUCAAAUAUCGUGUGGACUAGAGUGGUGGACAUAAACGACAGAUACCUGCGCAAAAUUACCAUCGGGCAGUCUCCAACCGAGAAAGGCUUAACUCGCGAAUCCAGUUUUGCGAUAACCGUUUCGAGCGAGAUUAUGGCCAUCUUAGCUCUCGCUAAAGAUUUGGGCGAUUUUAAAGAGCGACUUAGCAAAAUGGUGGUUGCGUUCGAUAAAUUUGGGAAGCCAGUGACCGCAGACGAUUUGGGUGUAACGGGCGCCCUUAUGGUUUUAUUAAAAGAUGCCGUUGAGCCGACGUUAAUGCAGUCGCUCGAAGGAAGCCCCGUUUUAGUACACGCCGGACCUUUCGCAAAUAUUGCCCAUGGAUGUUCAUCCAUUUUGGCAGACAAGGUUGCUCUAAAGUUGGUGGGAGAAAAAGGUUUCGUAGUAACAGAGGCCGGUUUCGGAUCUGACAUUGGUAUGGAAAAGUUCUUCAACAUUAAAUGUAGAGCUUCUGGAGACAUUCCUAGCGCUGUGGUGCUAGUCGCUACAAUUCGAGCAUUGAAAAUGCACGGAGGUGGCCCCUUGGUAACUCCUGGAACUCCGCUUAAAGAUGAGUACCUCAACGAAAAUCUGGAUCUCCUCCAAAAAGGUUUACCCAACCUCAUAAAGCACAUAAAUAAUGGGCGGCAGUUUGGGGUCCCAGUGGUCGUUGCUAUUAAUAAGCACAUGGCCGACACUGAUGCAGAAAUUGCUUUGGUUAAAAGAGUGGCUGUAGAAAAUGGCGCUUUUGAUGCAGUUCUCUGUACACAUUGGGCAGAAGGUGGUGCUGGCGCUGUAAAACUUGCAGAAGCUGUUAUUCGCGCCAGUGAGGAACAACCAAACUUCCACUACUUAUACGAUCUGAAUCUGUCCCUGGAAGAAAAAAUGAGCAAAAUAGCGAGAGAUAUGUAUGGUGCAGAAGCAGUUGAACUUGCUCCAAAUGUUAGGGGAAGGGUUGAACAAUACCAAGCACAGGGCUACGGAAAUUUACCCAUAUGUAUGGCCAAAACGCCUUUAUCUUUAACAGGCGAUCCUACAAUUAAGGGUGCUCCAAAAGGGUUUACCCUGAAAAUCAACGAUGUGACGUUAUCUGCUGGAGCCGGAUUUAUAGUUCCGAUUUGUGGAGAGAUUACCAAAAUGCCAGGACUACCCACACGACCAUCGAUAUACGACAUUGACUUAAAUACGGAAACGGGAGAAAUUGAAGGACUAUUUUAAAUUGUAUAAAGUGUAUAAAUUUUACAACCAAC